GGGACGCCGAGCGGCGCUUUCCUCUUCCCAGUGAGUGAGGGAGGGAAGUCAGCGGCUCUCGUGCCCGGCCACUUUCCCUGCGCGAUUCCCUGAGCUCCCUGCAGGAGGAGAAAGUCCCCGGCGGGUCCGGAUGGCGUAGUUGCGCCGCGGCGCAGCAGCUGCCGGAGCUCGCCGCCGCCGGGCGCGGGGCGGGGAAACUUCGCUCUGCUUUCCUCCAGCUUGUGGCGGGUGGAUCUCCGCUUGACACAUCGCCUCCAAGGCAAUUUGAAAAUUGGAAAGAAGGAUUUUAAGGCCACUUCCAAUUUGCAAAGAUUAUUUAUAAUCUGAAGAACUGCAGGCUGAGGUGACUGAACGGGACACACUUUUGGAGAAAUAAAAAUGGCUUCUCAUUGUGUGAUUGCCAUGUUUGCCCUGAUGAGUUCCUGUUUAGCAACUGCAGAAUGGAAGCUUCAUGAAAGCAGAAGAGAAACUGCUUACUUUGUUCACUGCUGUAUCUCUAGCAGCUACAAGAACUUGGAAUAUAGUCCAGAGCCCAGCUCCCAGUGUGAACUGUCGCCUGUCAAUGCCUCCCAUCCAGUCCAGGCCUUGAUGGAGAGCUUCACCGUCUUGUCGGGAUGUGCCAGCAGGGGGACGGUGGGGCUGCCCCAGGAGGUGCACGUCCUGAACCUCCGCACUGCCGACCAGGGGCCCGGCCAGCCACAGAGAGAGGUCACUCUGCACCUGAAUCCCAUCUCCUCAGUCUACAUUCACCACAAGCCUGUCGUGUUCCUGCUCAACUCCCCACAGCCCCUGGUUUGGCAUCUGAAGACAGAGAGACUUGCAAUUGGCGUCUCCAGACUUUUCUUGGUGUCUGAGGGUUCUGUGGUCCAUUUUUCAUCAGGAAACUUCUCCUUGUCAGCAGAAACAGAGGAAAGGAGCUUCCCGCAUGGAAAUGAGCAUCUGUUAAAUUGGGCCCGAAAGGAAUAUGGAGCAGUUACUUCAUUCACUGAACUCAAGAUAGCAAGAAACAUUUAUAUUAAAGUGGGGGAAGAUCAAGUGUUCCCUCCCACGUGCAACAUAGGGAAGAAUUUUCUCUCCCUCAAUUACCUUGCCGGCUACCUUCAGCCCAAAGCUGCAGAAGGGUGUGUGAUAUCCAGCCAGCCCCGAGAUAAGGAAGUACACAUCAUUGAGUUAAUCACCCCCAACUCUAACCCCUACAGUGCUUUCCAGGUGGAUAUCAUAAUUGACAUAAGACCUUCUCGAAAGGAUCCUGAGGUGGUCAAAGAUCUCAUCCUGAUCUUGAAGUGCAAAAAGUCUGUCAACUGGGUGAUCAAAUCUUUUGAUAUUAAGGGAAACCUGAAAGUUAUCGCUCCUAACAGUAUUGGCUUUGGGAAAGAAAGUGAAAGAUCCAUGAUAAUGACCAAAUCAAUAAGAGAUGACAUUCCUUCAACCCAAGAGAGUCUGGUCAAGUGGGCUUUGGACAAUGGCUGUAGUCCAAUAACAUCAUACACAGUGGCUCCUGUGGCUAACAGAUUUCAUCUUCGGCUUGAAAACAAUGCAGAGGAGAUGAGAGAUGAGGAAGUCCAUACCAUCCCUCCUGAGCUACGGAUCCUGCUGGACCCUGGCACCCUGCCUGCCCUGGACAACCCGCGCAUCCGGGGAAGGGGAGGCCGAAAUGGAGGUUUCCCCUUUCCCUUCCCCGAUAUCUCCAGGAGAGGCUGGAAGGAAGGGGGAGAAGAUGGGAUCCCUCGGCCAAAGGACCCUGUCAUCCCCAGCAUACAGCUGUUUCCUGGUCCCAGAGAGGCUGAGGAGGUGCAGGGGAGCAUGGAUGUUGCCCUGUCAGUCAAAUGUGACAACGAAAAGAUGACUGUGGCUAUAGAAAAAGAUUCGUUUCAGGCCAGAGGCUACUCUGGGAUGGAGCUCACCCUGUUGGAUCCCACAUGCAAGGCCAAGAUGAAUGGCACCCACUUCAUUUUGGAGUCUCCCCUGAAUGGCUGUGGGACUCGGCACCGGCGAUCAGCCCCUUAUGGUGUGGUUUACUACAACUCCAUUGUAAUACAGGUUCCACCCCCUGGGGAUAGUAGUGGCUGGCCAGAUGGUUAUGAAGAUUUGGAGUCAGGUGAUAAUGGAUUUCCGGGAGAUACGGAUGAAGGAGAUACUUCCUUCUUCAGCCGACCUGAAAUUGUGGUGUUUAAUUGUAGCCUGCAGCAGGUGGGGAAUCCCAGUAGCUUCCAGGACCCACCCAACAGAAAUGUCACCUUCAACAUGGAGCUGUACAACACUGAUCUCUUUCUGGUGCCCUCCCAAGGGGUCUUCUCUGUGGCAGAGAACGGACAUGUUUUUGUUGAGGUGUCCGUUACCAAGGCUGACCAAGAACUGGGAUUUGCCAUCCAAACAUGCUUUAUCUCUCCAUAUUCGAACCCUGAUAGGAUGUCUGAUUAUACUAUCAUUGAAAACAUUUGUCCUAAAGAUGAAUCUGUGAAAUUCUACAAUCCCAAGAGAGUGCACUUUCCUAUCCCGCAAGCCGAGAUAGAUAAGAAACGAUUCAGCUUUGUUUUUAAGCCCAUCUUCAACACCUCCCUGCUCUUUCUACAGUGUGAGCUCACACUGUGUACCAAAAAGGAAAAGGACCCCCAGAAGUUACCUAAGAAAUCAGAACCCUUUGACCUUGCUGGCGUGGCCAAGUGUGUGCUUCCUGAUGAAGCCUGCACCUCGCUGGAUGCCUCGAUGAUCUGGGCCAUGAUGCAGAAUAAGAAGACAUUCACCAAGCCCCUCGCUGUGAUCCACCAUGAAGUACAAUUUAAAGAAACAGGUCCAAGCAUUAAGAAACCGAUUCCAGUUUCUCCACCGAUAUUCCAUGGUCUGGACACCCUAACCGUGAUGGGCAUUGCGUUUGCAGCAUUUGUGAUUGGAGCACUGCUGACAGGGGCCUUAUGGUACAUCUAUUCUCACACAGGUUCACAGCUGGAGAGGAAGUUGCCUGAGGAUGAAUUGUACCUACCUCGAUUCUCACUGAUAUCAGGUGAUAUUUAGAUGAGACUUUGGACGUUAAAGGCGAUGCUGGAAUGAGGUUGAGACUUUGGGGGCUGUUGGAAUGUGUAGAAUGUAUUUGACAUGUGAGAAGGACAUGAUGGGGUACGGGGGAGCUGAGUGAAAUGCCAGGGACUGAAUGGUUGUGCUUCCCACAAUUCAUAUGUUGAAGCCCUAAUCCCCAGUGUGAUGCUAUUUGGAAAAAGGGCUUUUGAAGAUAAUUAGGUCAUGAGGGUGGAGCCCUCACGUUGGAAUUAGUGCCUAUAUAAGAAGAGACAGGAGAGAGCUUGCUUCCUCUCUCUCUCUUGUGAGGAUACAAUGUGAAGACAGCCAUCUACCAACCAGGAAGCAGGCUCUCACCAGACACCAGAUCUGCCAGUGCCUUGAUCUUGGGCUUCCAGCUUUCAGAACUGUGAGAAAUAAAUGUGUGUUGUUUAAGCCAUUUAUUCUAUGGUAGUUGUUGUAGCAGCCUGAGCUAAGAUAGAAAUCGAUGAUUUGCAUGAUGAUUUACUUCUACUCCUCU